AAUCAAGAUGCUACCGGCUAAUCGGCCCAAUUGAGCAUUUUCCGUACAACUAUGUGAAGUGCGAGUGCCAGUGCGAGUGCGAGGGCUCUAUCUGAUAGUUUUCCGUACAACUAUUUGAAGUCACAUUUCCGUCACCCACCCUGCCCUGCCCAACACACCACCAAUCACACACGCCUGAGCCGCUUGAUGCCACCGCUUGGUUACGGCCUUUGAACUCCGUCGGAGCUCUGCAUGGCUGUCAGUCAUCAUGUAACCGGAUCCACAAUCGUCGAACUGCCCAGGCCAUCCCGCCCUAGAGCUCCGUUUCCCGCUCGCAUCUCCGCCCGGAGCCACGGCAUCAUCGCUGCUUGCGACGAGCUCGAGAUGCCUCAAGGCCCGACGUGCAUAUUUGUCGGGCCUAUAGAGACAGCUAGUCAAGAGACUCUAGAAGCUCUCUACCGUCAAGCAAGGGAUUCAUAUUACAGUGGGUCACCGCUAAUAUUUGAUGAUAUGUUUGAUAGAGUUGAGUUAAAACUACGUCGGUAUGGUUCAAAAUAUGUUGUCAAGUACCCUCGCUGCAGUCUUAGCCGCCAAUCAACUUAUGCUGAUGCACAGGGCAGGAGGACCCAUCACAGGUUUUUGCACUAGCAAGCAUAUGGAUCCUGAUUCUUGGUCUUGGAUGUUCAGUCUUGCUUGCGCCUAUAAUAUACACUAUAAGUCAAGCUUAUCGUGAUGCAUUUACUUCAGAAAUGCCCUUCACGAGUCAAGCAUCCUCACUGCAGCUUCUUACCAUGCUUAAUGGCAUACUUUACAUGGUGUUAGGAUCCAUCAUAGGGUAUCCCAUUGCUUCAGCAUCUGGCUAUGUUUGGUGCACUAUGGUACAAGGCUUCAAGACAGAGCUCAGGCACUACUUACAUGGAAUGAACAUUGAAAUCUUUUUUGUUAUGUUUGUGAUGUGAAAAUAGUAGGGACAGGAGAAAAUGCACAAGAAAAUAGUAAAUCUCUUAGGAUAUGAUUUUUUUUACAUACUUUAGAUUUCAUAGUAUUUUCAUCAUUUGUAAUGGAGUCAAAGAUUCACUAUUGUUUGGCUUGAGAAUAUGAUGGAGUAAAGCAAAAUGACUCACUAAACUGGCUGCGCUUCUUUGUUAUGAAGCAACAGUCAGUCCAUGCAAUUUUCAACAUGAUAUUCACUAUGGGUCAUCCGGAAACAGUCUGCUAGAAUCUGGCACAAAUGAAAGCUAAAUAGUAUACGGAUAUACAAAUCUGAUGAAAAGGAGAUGAUAACAGUGUCUAUUGAUAAUGAAAGGUAAUCCGUAGGCAACAGACAACCAGUCCGUUCGAGAAGACCACUCUCCAAGGCAACACUCAAUAUCAAAAUAACAGCCUCCUCCAUUAUGCUACCCCCUUUUCUAUUUAUAGUAUUAAGUCCACACAGGAACUAAAAUAGAUAAAGUAAUUCUUUAAUUGACCCCAGCCCCUUUAUUUCUCCUUUCAUACCCCUUAUCAAAAUACUGACUAGGCUGAUGCCUAACACAGUCUCUUUGUGCUUUAGUACAGAGGUAAGGCUGCGUACAUCCGAUCCCCCCUUACCCCACUGUAGGUGGGAGCCUUUGCGGCACUGGGGUAAUGAUGAUGACAACUUGAUUUCAUAGUCAUUACGGAAUAGAAAUAUAUAAAUAAAACCAUAAAAACAAAUAAAUAAAAUGACACUGAAUGAAUAUAUUCAGUUUAAACAUUAAACGAUCCCCCGAAUAUCGAUUUUUUACGAAUUUCACCUCUACUUUCUUUCAAUAGCAUUUUUGGGUCCCAAAUGGAUCCCUAAGGCCUUAAGGUUCUUGUGGUCUAUAACUCAAGAAUUUCUCACAGCUGGAGCACUACGAGGGCUGUGGAAAAAUGACUUGGUUGCACUUAAAGGUGCAUGUCCAAACUGUGGUAAUGAGGUGUUUGCUUUUGUAAAACAAAAUCAGUCAAAUCAGUGUCCUCACAGAACGGAGUGUCAUGUAUGUGACAGCAUGCUAGAGUUUCGGCUGAAAGUUGAGUCCAUAUCUAAACAUGGUAGGCAGAAAUGGGUUUAUGGGCGUGUGUACCUCAUUCGGCAGCAAGGAAGAAGGCAAAGGUAGUGAAGCAUUCUCAACAAUCAACAUCUGAUGAUGAAGCCAUAUGCCUGUUUCACCAAAUCUGUUUAUAGGCAAAGGUAGUGUUUUAUAGGCCUUUUUAUCUAUUUUUUAAAAUCUUAGCCGGAUAUGUAUGUACUUGCAAAGAAACUAACGCCACAUGUAGAGGAAGUAUAUUUAUCCUAGUGUACUUAAUUCUAAAGGGUUGCAUCCCAAAAUUGAGAGCUCCACUUACCCCCCAUUUUUUGGAGUUUAGUUGAGGAACUAAAUAAUGGGAUUGCAUACAUGAUACACCAAUUCUUCUAUAGCACUUCAUGUACACUUGUCUAGAGUUCAAUAUACUGGAUUGAUACCAAGUAUUUUUUUUUAAUUUUAAAUAUGAUUAUCAACUUAUGACU